GAAAAUUUUAACCAAAAGAAAACUAUGGUAACAACGAAGCGACCGCGGAGGAGAAAAGGAGUCUCUUUUCCAUCGCAUUUUUGAGCCUCGCUCGCGCCGCGCCCUCUUUCCUUCCCCUCGCUCAGGAUGCUUAUCUCCAUCUCCUCCACGAAACCCUAGUCGAUCGCAUCUCCUAACCCGCCUCCAUUGUUAUGUUAAGAUCUCUUCUCCGUGCCACCUCCUUUAGCUCCACACUCGCAUCCUUCUCCUCCCACCUCAAACCCACUCGAAUUAUCCGUUUUAGAGCCAUAACCUCUCUCAAUCUCAACAAACACAGCGAAUCCAGGAAACCCAACUCGAGUUGUGGCACCAUGGCCGAGGUUUUGGAGAUUUUGGGCCCCUUUCACCUCAUCUUCCCCACCUCCGAGGUUCGCCUCUACGUGCGCAUGCUUAGGAAAUGCAUCAGAUCCAGGGAUUCUUUCAUGGGUAGUUUAGUUCACGCGCAUGUGAUCAAGCGCGGAUUCAAUUCGGAUUUACUUGUAUCGAAUGUGUUGUUGGAUAUGUACGCCAAAGCUGGGACCUUGGUUGGUUGUGACAAACUGUUCGAUGAAAUGCCGGAGAGAGAUUUGAUAUCAUGGUGUACUUUGAUUUCAGGUUUUGUUAAUCAUGGGUUUGAUUUGGAAGCAUUUCUGAUCUUCAGGAGAAUGUGUAGUGGCAGUUUGAAGCCGAAUCGUUUUGUUAUAUCCUCUGUUUUAAAGGCGUGUGGGGGAUCCAGAAUUUUAGAACUGGGCCUCCUAGUUCGUGGGAUAGUCAUUAAAUCUGGACUAUUUGUUGAUAGAUUUGUAGAGGUUGGGUUUGUUGAUAUGUACGCUAAAUGUGGAGAUGUGGAAAGCGCUCUCAAGUUGUUCUAUGAAAUUCCCAUUAAGAGUCCAGUUGCUUGGAAUGCGAUGAUUUCAGGUUUUGUUCAGAAUGGAUAUUUCAUUGAGGGUGCCAAACUUUGUCGGGAUAUGUGCCGUGUUGGGUUAUUCAUGGACUUGGUCACAUUGAGAAUAGUUGCAAACAUUGCUGCUGUUCUUGAGAUGUUUGAGUUCUGCAAAAAUCUUCAUGUUUACGCUAUUAAGGUUGGAUUGAGCACUGAUAGUUUUGUUGUUGCCGAGCUGGUAAAAUUACUAACCAAUGUAGGUGAAGUAGAAUAUAUGGGAAAGCUUUUCAGUUUGGUCAAAAGGCCUGAAACAUCCUUGUAUUCUUUAGUUAUCUCAGGUUACCAUUUACACGGCUACAGGGAAGAAGCUGUAAAACUUGCAGAAGCCCUUCUUUCAUUGGAUCCUAAUUUAAGGGAAGGGGAUUCUGUUGCAGUGCUUAAUCUGUGCCUUUCAAAAGGGGAGAUUAUGCAGCUCCAUGCUCGCGUAUUUAAAGCCAGGCAAUUCUCUUAUCUUUCGGUCGGCAACACUUUAAUCUCUUUGUACUCCAAAAUUGGGGAGAUGACGGAUGCUGGUGAAAUUUUUAGAGAGAUGCCAGCAAAUGAUGCCAUUUCAUGGACGACAAUAAUGGCAGGUUAUGUUCAGAAUCUUCAAUUUGGAAAAGCACUUGAUACUUUAAGAGCUUUCAGAAAAACUGGAAUACAGUUAGACCAAUAUUGUCUAGCUACUAUCAUCAAUACUUGCACUGGACUACAAGAUAUAAGUAAAGGCAAACAGAUUCAUUCAUUGGUCAUUAUACUUGGAUUAGCAUUCUCUGAUUUUAUCACAGCAUCUUUACUUCACAUGUACGCAAAAUGCGGGUUCAUUGAGGUCGCUGCUAAGUUGUUCUCUUGCUCGUUAUCACCACAGAAUAUAGUCUUGAAGAAUAUAAUGCUUUCUGGGUAUUGCUGGAAUUCUCAGCCAGAAAAGGCCGUUCUGCUUUUCUUCAGGGAGUGCCAGUCUGGUCUUGUUCCUGACCAGUUCACUUAUUCUACUGCUCUCAAUGCUUGUGCUGAUGUAAGGGCAAAGGAGGCUGGUGAGCAGAUUCACUGCUGUGUGGCUAAGAGUGGUUUUGAAUCUUCAGAUGUUAUAGUUGGGAAUGCUAUUAUAAACCUCUAUAUGAAAUGUGGAUGCCUCGCUAAUGCUUGUAAAUUUUUCUACAGCAUGAAAAGUUGCAACACAAACUCAUAUGCAAUGUUAAUGUUAGGUUAUAUACAGAACAGAUGUAGCAGCGAAGCUCUCCAACUGUUCUCUAGGAUGCAACAAAGUGGCUUGCGAGCUAACCCAGUAGCUUUUGCUAGACUAUUAAGGGGUUGUGCUGAUUUAUCAGCUAUUGAUCUUGGAAAACAAGUACAUGCUUCUAUUAUAAAGAUGGGUAUGGUUUCAGAUGUCUACAUCGAUAAUGCGCUGGUGGGAAUGUAUGCAAAAUCAGCAGUUAGGGACGAAGCACUAGAAACUUCAGAAGAGCUGUCAAUGAAAGAUGAUCAAGUUUGUGAUUUAAUAGAUAAUGAAUUUUCUCAAGCUGAGGAAACAGAAAACAACCUCAAAGCGUUUGGACUAUUUACAUUGCAGGAAGUGGAACAAAAUCAUGGUUGCAAUGAAGAUAUCACAAACCAUAAUUCAAGUGUCACUUCAAAGAUCUUCGAAACAUUUCUACCUGUGACUGUGAUUCGAAGGAAUCUCAAGUUUAAUUCGUCAGUGGUGAACAUAAUGAAUAAAGUAAAUGACGACUGUAUGAUUGAAGAGAAUAAUGUCUUUGACAAGAUAUUAGCUAAAGAAGUCGUUCUCAAAAACUCUACUGGUUUGGAAUGUGCAGGAAAUGAGCGUGCAUCUGUUAAUUUCUUCAACAUUAUGCAGGAGGAUAGUGUCAUUUCAGAUCAAAUUCUUUUAGUUGUCUUCUUUGGUGAUAGCUAUCUUAAGAUGUUCGAGAAAAUUAACAGUUUGAAGAUUUUGAAGAGAUCAGACUAUAGAAAUAAGGGCUUGUUUAGUUCGGUCAGGGGUUCUGCAGUGACUGCUGUUUGAGUUGUGGUAUUUGAACAAGCAUUGACAACUUUUUUCAUUAAAAUCCCCUAGGAGUUUCCUGCCACACCAGAAGCAAAAGCUUCAAAAUGGAGUCCUGCAUUUGGGAUCUCUAAGCUGGUUUCAGCGUUAUGUCAUAGCAAAAAGCUUUAGACUUUUUGUUUAUCAAACACCUAGCUGCAGGCUUUUGGAAGUUGAGAAGUUGUUCCAAAGUCAAGCAAUACGGGCACUUUAUGGAGUAUCACUAUGCGGGCUUGCUUGAUGACAAUAAACAGCAGGAAGGCAUAAAGGCCGUUGAGAAUAAAUGCCAGCAGGAAGGUGAGAAAGGCCAUGUCUGAUCAAAUGCUUAAGUCUAUCUCUGCUCUUUAAGAAGAAGAUACACUGAAUCUAGAGCGAAAGACGACUUUGCGUGUCCCUUAUGAAGAUGAAUAGAUGGUAUAUAGGACAGGAAAAGAAAGGAGAACACUGUAGUUUGUCAUGGAUAAAAGAGGGAAUGGCGUGCAUACUUGUGAAUUGAGAAAAGGAGUUCUGGAAACUCCUAUGUUUUGGCGGUUAUUCAUCCUUGGCAGGCUAAAUUUGAUUGGAAUUGGUCAACAAAAGCAAACCCAAGCAAGUGCGAAAUAGUCUAACUGUUGAUUAAGUGCUACAACUCCUUUGUUUCACAACUGGAUCUAUGUUUCUUUCAGGCGCGGAUGCAGCAUUGAAGCUGUGGCACGUAGAGGUCUUUCAAUUUAUAGCAGACAAAUGGCUUCUGAGAAGCUGCUGCAAGCAACCAAGCACAACCGACAUUGGCUAAGUUAAUGGUGUGGAAAUCAUGGCUUAGAAAAGAAGCAAAAAUCAACACUGAACACAGGCACUGGAAUUGGAGGCACCCCUUCCCUAAUUGUCAUUACUGACUCGGACAUGGUUUUACUAAUGAAAACUUAGUGCCGACUCAACAAUCUGGGCCAAAAGUUCAAAGAAUCAUAUCAAGUUCAAUAUGUAGUUUGAGUGUGUGAUCGCAAAUGCUUCGGCGCCGCCUUGCAAUAGAAUUUUCUGUGUCUAAAGACUAUUGUUAGCUAAUAAUGACAUUGUUUCUGUAGUCUCUCAAUGGACAAAUCUCAAUUUGAUUAUAAUCCACAUGAAAUUUGCUAGUUAUUUUUUUUA